AUGGAAUCAGAAUGUGCCCUUGAUGUAUCUAUAGUGCCCUGCAUAAUCAUUGUGGGCAGUUACAACGAAAAGGUGGGUAAACAAGAUUCUCUGACCCUGGACGAAGGCGAAAAGAUUUUGUGGACUCUCGUAUUAGCCGACCCUGCAGAACUUUCGCCAUUGCUCGCUUACGCCUCGCUAGAUUGGAAAAACACUAUGACAAGACGAACGUUUACCUAUUGCUACCUGAUUUGCAUAGCAGUUCUGUUUACAGCCUGGGUAAUGGUCAAAUCCUACAAAGAGCUUCCAGCUACCCAUCGCUGGAACUUGGCCUUCUCCUCCGAUAUCCUUCACUCGGCAUCGGCUUACUCGAAGCAAAAGGCAGACAAAGGUGGUGAUGAUUAUGCUCAACCUGACAUCCAGCAACGAGAAUUAUCAAACAAAUUAUUGGCAAGCAAUAAGAACAGCACGUCUGGUGCGUUGAAACUCAUCCUGAUGUGGAGUACGUGGAUGACGACUAUGGCCGACGAACCGCUGGUCAAGGCCCGUUGCCCAGUCACGUCGUGUCUUUUCACGUCAGACAUGUCGCUCCUUCGUCAAAGCGACGUCGUUGUUUUGUACAUCGACACGCUGACGGAUUUCCCGACGAACCGUCAAGCGCAUCAGCGUUUCGUUUUUGCCCAGCUCGAAUCGCCUACCAACACAAAAGUGGACACCAUCAACGACCCUCGUCUUCGUUACGACUAUUUCAACUGGACCAUGACUUAUCGCAGAGACUCCGACAUUCUCCUUCGUGAUUAUUAUGGCUCUCUGGUGAAAAUGAGCAAUCAAACAAGAACAGAUAAGAACAACGUCUCCUUCAUAAGGACCAAAACAAAAUUAGUGGCUUGGUUUGUGGCCCACUGUUCAACGCCCAUCCGCAGGGAGGAAUACGUUCGCCAAUUGAGCCAGUUCGUGACGGUGGACGUCUUUGGUCAGUGCGGCAAAGAAUGCCCGACCAAUUGCGAUGACAUGCUGCGCUCCGAUUACAAGUUCUACCUGGCCUUUGAGAAUUCGUGGUGUCCAGACUACGUGACGGAGAAGUUGAUCCGGCCGCUUGUGUACGACGCCGUGCCGAUCGUCUUGGGCGGCGCCGAUUACAGCCGUUUCGCACCUCCGCAUUCUUACAUCAACGUUCGUGAUUUUGGCUCUGCUAAGGAACUGGCUGACUAUUUGAUGCUACUAGACAAAUCGGAUGAUCUUUACGCGCGUUACUUUGACUGGAAACGAGACUACGACGUCAACCUGCUCGAUUUGUCCGGUUGGUGCGACCUGUGUCGAAUGGCACACGAUGAUUCUCUGCCGCACAAAACCUACCGAGACAUUAAACAGUGGUGGAUGGAGGACGGUGGAGAAUGCGAAACGAAUUCCACCAAAUAUUACUGAUUGUUUUUGAGGCUGUUUGAUU